CGCUGAUAUGUAAAGGAAACGAUUGCUUUAAGCUGCCUUGAACCAUCCAGUGAACCAUUUUGAUCGAAGUGCCCCAAUCUAAAGACAUGGCAGAGGAACAGCAUCAAGAUCGCCUGGAUGUCUUCUGUCAGCACACAGAAGAUCUUAAGGAAGGUGUAACACAGUCAGGAGAUAAGUCUAGACCAACGAAUGUUUCUGAUAAUGUGAAACAGCAACAUUCAGAAGAGGAUCCAAACAACAGUGGUGAAGACACGGUGCCCAAAUUUAAAGAUGAUAAUUCAGCUGAAAAUAAGGGGGUGCCUGGUACAGAAGGAUCUUCUCCUUCAGAAGGGGACGACAUAACAAAUACAGGGGACAACAUUUUGGCUGAUAAUGAAAGUCAUGGUGAUUACAACAGAGAGUCACAAAAGACAGAUGAGUCAGCUACGACUACUAAGAAGAUUUCAGAUGAGUUUUCCUCAGCAAGUGUUUCAACAGCAGGGGAGACAGCAACAGAGAUAGGAAACCACUAGAAGCAAACCCUCUGGAAAUACUGAAUGACAGAAUGGAUGAGCAGGUUGAUGGGCCCACAAAAAGAGACUCCACAGCCAUUAAUGAUACAAACAUCGAAGAUGGGGAAGAUUUGUUGAACACUUCAGCUCUAGAAGACGAAAAGGACACACUGCAGAAUGCAGCUCCAGAAGAGACACCAAUUCUGUUGCAAACAUCAGAGGUGGAACAGUCAGAUGAACAGGGAAAUAAUGUAGAAACCAUUGGCCCAACCUCUGCUGAGGCAACUGAAGCAGCAGUUUCAGAGGCUGCUAACAUUUCUGCUGAUGAUAAUUCAGCUGAAAAUAAGGGGGUGCCUGGUACAGAAGGAUCUUCUCCUUCAGAAGGGGACGACAUAACAAAUACAGGGGAGAACAUUUUGGCUGAUAAUGAAAGUCAUGGUGAUUACAACAGAGAGUCACAAAAGACAGAUGAGUCAGCUACGACUACUAAGAAGAUUUCAGAUGAGUUUUCCUCAGCAAGUGUUUCAACAGCAGGGGAAGACUGCAACAGAGAUAAGAAACCACUAGAAGCAAACCCUCUGGAAGUACUGAAUGACAGAAUGGAUGAGCAGGUUGAUGGGCCCACAAAAAGAGACUCCACAGCCAUUAAUGAUACAAACAUCAAAGAUGGGCAAGGUUUGUUGAAUACUUCAGCUCUAGAAGACGAAAAGGACACACUGCAGAAUGCAGCUCCAGAAGAGACACCAAUUCCGUUAAAAACACCAGAGGUGGAACAGUCAGAUGAACAGGGAAAGAAUGUAGAAACCAUUGGCCCAACCUCUGCUGAGGCAACUGAAGCAGCUGUUUCAGGGGCUGCUAACAUUUCUGCUGCAGGGGAAGACUGCAACAGAGAUAGGAAACCACUAGAAGCAAACCCUCUGGAAGUACUGAAUGACAGAACGAAUGAGCAGGUUGAUGGGCCCACAAAAAGAGACCCCACAGCCAUUAAUGAUACAAACAUCGAAGAUGGGGAAGAUUUGUUGAAUACUUCAGCUCUAGAAGACGAAAAGGACACACUGCAGAAUGCAGCUCCAGAAGAGACACCAAUUCUGUUAAAAACAUCAGAGGUGGAACAGUCAGAUGAACAGGGAAAGAAUGUAGAAACCAUUGGCCCAACCUCUGCUGAGGCAACUGAAGCAGCAGUUUCAGGGGCUGCUAACAUUUCUGCUGCAGGGGAAGACUGCAACAGAGAUAGGAAACCACUAGAAGCAAGCCCUCUGCAAGACACAAUGGAUGAGCAGGUUGAUGACAGAAUGGAUGAGCAGGUUGAUGGGCCCACAAAAAGAGACUCCACAGCCAUUAAUGAUACAAACAUCGAAGAUGGGGAAGGUUUGUUGAAUACUUCAGCUCUAGAAGACGAAAAGGACACACUGCAGAAUGCAGCUCCAGAAGAGACACCAAUUCCGUUAAAAACAUCAGAGGUGGAACAGUCAGAUGAACAGGGAAAUAAUGGAGAAACCAUUGGCCCAACCUCUGCUGAGGCAACUGAAGCAGCAGUUGCAGGGGCUGCUAACAUUUCUGCUGCAGGGGAAGACUGCAACAGAGAUAGGAAACCACUAGAAGCAAACCCUCCGGAAGUACUGAAUGACAGAAUGGAUGAGCAGGUUGAUGAGCCCACAAAAAGAGACUCCACAGCCAUUAAUGAUACAAACAUCGAAGAUGGGGAAGAUUUGUUGAAUACUUCAGCUCUAGAAGACAAAAAGGACACACUGCAGAAUGCAGCUCCAGAAGAGACACCAAUUCUGUUAAAAACAUCAGAGGUGGAACAGUCAGAUGAACAGGGAAAUAAUGUAGAAACCAUUGGCCCAACCUCUGCUGAGGCAACUGAAGCAGCAGUUUCAGGGGCUGCUAACAUUUCUGCUGCAGGGGAAGACUGCAACAGAGAUAGGAAACCACUAGAAGCAAACCCUCCGGAAGUACUGAAUGACAGAAUGGAUGAGCAGGUUGAUGGGCCCACAAAAAGAGACCCCACAGCCAUUAAUGAUACAAACAUCGAAGAUGGGGAAGAUUUGUUGAAUACUUCAGCUCUAGAAGACGAAAAGGACACACUGCAGAAUGCAGCUCCAGAAGAGACACCAAUUCUGUUAAAAACACCAGAGGUGGAACAGUCGGAUGAACAGGGAAAUAAUGUAGAAACCAUUGGCCCAACCUCUGCUGAGGCAACUGAAGCAGCAGUUUCAGGGGCUGCUAACAUUUCUGCUGCAGGGGAAGACUGCAACAGAGAUAGGAAACCACUAGAAGCAAACCCUCCGGAAGUACUGAAUGACAGAAUGGAUGAGCAGGUUGAUGGGCCCACAAAAAGAGACCCCACAGCCAUUAAUGAUACAAACAUCGAAGAUGGGGAAGAUUUGUUGAAUACUUCAGCUCUAGAAGACAAAAAGGACACACUGCAGAAUGCAGCUCCAGAAGAGACACCAAUUCUGUUAAAAACAUCAGAGGUGGAACAGUCAGAUGAACAGGGAAAUAAUGUAGAAACCAUUGGCCCAACCUCUGCUGAGGCAACUGAAGCAGCAGUUUCAGGGGCUGCUAACAUUUCUGCUGCAGGGGAAGACUGCAACAGAGAUAGGAAACCACUAGAAGCAAACCCUCCGGAAGUACUGAAUGACAGAAUGGAUGAGCAGGUUGAUGGGCCCACAAAAAGAGACCCCACAGCCAUUAAUGAUACAAACAUCGAAGAUGGGGAAGAUUUGUUGAAUACUUCAGCUCUAGAAGACGAAAAGGACACACUGCAGAAUGCAGCUCCAGAAGAGACACCAAUUCUGUUAAAAACAUCAGAGGUGGAACAGUCAGAUGAACAGGGAAAUAAUGUAGAAACCAUUGGCCCAACCUCUGCUGAGGCAACUGAAGCAGCAGUUUCAGGGGCUGCUAACAUUUCUGCUGCAGGGGAAGACUGCAACAGAGAUAGGAAACCACUAGAAGCAAACCCUCCGGAAGUACUGAAUGACAGAAUGGAUGAGCAGGUUGAUGGGCCCACAAAAAGAGACCCCACAGCCAUUAAUGAUACAAACAUCGAAGAUGGGGAAGAUUUGUUGAAUACUUCAGCUCUAGAAGACGAAAAGGACACACUGCAGAAUGCAGCUCCAGAAGAGACACCAAUUCUGUUAAAAACAUCAGAGGUGGAACAGUCAGAUGAACAGGGAAAUAAUGUAGAAACCAUUGGCCCAACCUCUGCUGAGGCAACUGAAGCAGCAGUUUCAGGGGCUGCUAACAUUUCUGCUGGAAAAAAAAUAUUCUGGAUAGUAGUGUGUGGAGUGGCUAUCCUAGGCAUCCUGAUACAGCAUCACCUAAAAUCUGAAUCUCCACCUCAGAAAAAGGAUGUACGGCAAAUAGACAUCUUCCUCAAGCAGAUGGAAAAAGUAAAGACUCAGUUUCCUAACCAGCGUGCUGUACUCUGGACCAGGAGCAGAAUCCACCUGAAGAGACACCUCCAGACUGCCCAGCCCACUGAGCCAGUGAGUCUAAUCCUGACAUCUGGUCUCAAAGCUGAGAGAACGCUGCACUGCUUAGCUCAGAGUUUGGCCUCUGCCUUCUCCUCUGCACUCAAUGCCUCUGUCCUCCACAUCGAUGGAGCCAGCAAAGCCAGCCAAGACAGUGACCAAGUCAAGUUGGACAUUGACAGCAAGUUACAGGGAGCUUUCGAGGGAGACAAACCUGUAGCUGUCAUUCAUCGCUUUGAAGAGUUGCCUCCAGGCUCCACGCUCAUUUUCUACCGCUACUGUGAUCACGAAAAUGCUGCGUAUAAAAAGACUUUUCUGAUUUUUACAGUACUGCUAGGUGAGGAAGAGGAGAUCCCUACAAAGAUUCACUUGAGCACUGUGGAAGAGAUGGUGGACGAUCACCUUCAGAAAAAGUUUCUGUCUGAUGACUACCCUGUGUCCUUUGAUAGGAUGGACCUCGAUAAGUAUGUUGGUCUGUGGAGCUGCAUUUCUCACCUUAUCCUGCCUGUGGCAGCAGAGGAAAGCGUAGAACAGGAAGGGUGUUAAAGAGCACAGCCACUCCAGUUUGAGCUUUGAGUCUAAGCACUCACAUAUCUAUCAGAUCUCUGACUUUCUGGGGCUCUUUGUAGUGAUUUUAAAGAUCUGAAUGGUUCUUGUAAAUUUAAAUAAUGUUCAGCACAGAUGAAGAUUGAAUAAGACAUAAUGCUAUGGGAUAUUUGUAAAAACUGCUUCCAUUCAUUGUACAAAAAUUAGAUACAAAAUUCUAUAGCACUUUAUUCUUUUAGUCCUUUGAUCAAUUGUAAAUGAUAAAUCGCAGAGUAGAAAAUAGGAUUUUAAUAGAUUUUAAUGUGAACUGCUGCAUUUAAAACUUAUUUAAUGCAAGAUUAGAUUAUUAUUUAAAUAAUGAUCAUAAAACAAGUACCAGGUAUAGCUAUUAUUUUGGCAUCACAACACAGGGUUACGUUUUUGUUUAAUUUUCUAUUGUGUCAAAAUCUUUUUCAUACCUACAUGGCACCAUUUGCCUUGUUUGAAAAUUCUAUGUCCUUUUUUUCUGUAUACAUGUACAUGUUUCACUUCAAGUAGAAAUUUAAUGGGUAAAAAUCUGUAUAAAUGUGCCUUAAAAUAACAAUAAACUAUUGUAUUUAAA